AUCUCCCUCCCUUUCAAGGUCGCCCACGAUAAUAACAUUAGUCCCCCACCACCUCCGCCUCCCUUCUGCUUGCUCCAAGUGAACAUUAAAGUAGAGCAAAGUUGACAAAGUUGGCAGUCGACGCCCCCUUGUGUUCAUCUUCUGGGGGGGCGUUUGAAGAACAUCUCAGCCGGCGGGGGGCUGAGCUGUACUGAUGUGGAUCAAGAAGCUCGAUGCACAGCAGAUACGCAAAAGACCCCCCCCCCCCCCCCCCCUUAUAUCCGGGACCAGGUUAAGUUGAUUGUGAGCCUUAUCGCCUUCCGACGUAAUUGCACAUCACAAAUAGUUUUUGCCUUGCAUGCAUGACUGAGGCGAGGGAAGGUUAUCUGAGAGUAAUGAUGCCGGGCUUCCAUUGAGAUUAAAAGGGAGAAAUCAAUAUGAUCUAUCUGAGCGAGCGUUUUUCCCCAGUAAAAAUGUUGCCAGUGGUGAUGAAGACGAGCAGGCACUGAACGCUCCAAAUGUGUUGACACGUCACAACAGAGGAGGCCUCGUUCGUCCUUGCCGUCUUUCACUGCAUUCCCAACAGGGACUUGCGAGACUUCCCCAAACUGGAAUCUUAUUCUUCAUCACUGUCACCAUGCACAAAAAAAAAUGAUUCGAAAGACUAGAAAUAGGCUACUGUAAUUCAUAAAUGUAUUUCUUUGUGCCAUCUAACACACCAAAAAUGAUGCAAACUUUGUUCCCUUUCUCUCUUGAUUGAUUGUCGCUUCCCACAAUUUAGCACGCUCAGCCAGCUCUCACAUCAAUCAUGAAAUGAAGAGCACACAUCCAGAGUCCAACUGCAAACAAGCUAAAGUGCCCCCUAUGAGUUUGAUGAUAAAAGUGGAAUAAAAUGACAUUUUAGUGGACUUGCUCCAUCAAACUUUGAUUAGAAGUUUAUUUUAGGUUCACGUUUAGUGUGAGUGAAGAGAAAUACAUUAAAUGUCAUGCAAGAAAUGUAUAUUCACCACUGUGGAUUCGUUCAUUCUUUGUUUAUUUUGCAGGGGCAGUUAUUUGUGAGAAGAGCGAUCGCAUAAAUUAUAUGGCGUAUGCACUGCUGCUCUUGUAAACUUUGUCAGAGUGAAUUAUUUCUGGUUACUUCUAUUAUACACAUUAAAAAAUGUAAUUAAUAUAGGAUAUUAAUUGAAACUUUUUAAUCAUGGUGCCAUGUUUUAGUUCAGCUCAGUUGUUCUGGUGAGCAAAUUUGUUUUUUUUUUUGGCUUGGGAGAAAUUAGUUGGAGCAAACAUUGCUUGUUUGUUGUGCUAACUAACAUUGUUGUAUAAUUUGUUUUUAAGUUGCCUGUCUGUCUCUUUCUGUCUCUCUCUCUGCAUUGAGAUUGCUUCCAAUGUUGGCAGAUGAGAAGAUGCUCAUCAUACAGCCUCUGCCAAAAAAUGUUACUGUAGCUUUGCAGCAAUCAGCAAAGCAUUCUUCUCCAGACCAAAUCUGGACUCAUGGCCAAGUUCCUUCACAUGUUCAGUGCACCUGUGAUGCGGGACGAGCGCCAAACGUCUCCAAACACUGGACCCACGCGUGUCACGCUGUCCCGAUUAAGCGUGCGGAGUGGACGGACGGUGACGCGGCUAGAGUCGCCUGCUGGCGGCGCGAGUGACGCGAGGGUGGCGGCAAGCGGAGAUGUCGACGCGGUGCGAGCCUCCGCGGAGCACUUCUAAGCCGGCGGAGAUGUACUAAAAUCGGAUGCGGAGCGCAGCGACUGCUCUCCCCUGCCUUCCGUUUCUCCACCUCUUCCAUCCUUCCAUCUGUCCUCCUGCGUUCGGAGGCUGAGGCGAGUGGAGCGGGAUGUGGGCGAUGCUGCCAUGCACAAGGGAUGCAUUGUGGCUGGGUUGAGCCGCUCCGUAACACCCGUUGCAUGCGUUGAUUUCAAGAGGAAAAGCAGCCGAAUAAGACGUCAGCACCUGUUCCAUCAGGCAUCAACAUUACUUCAAUGUGGCUCCUUCUGCAACUUGGCCACAGGAGGGCAGUAUAUUCAGUCAUGCAGACACAAAGAAGAGUUUCACAACUUUGGUGAGCAACUCCGCGUCCGCGAGUGGCCCCGGGCUAGUGCCCUGAGGAACACCCCGCCCUCUCCCCGCCGCUCCUGAUUGCCGGGUCCGUCAGGGGAUGCGGACGGGCCAGAUUGCAGCAGCGUCACUCUGAUCCGGGAUCAGCUGGGUGUUGGAUGGCCUGUUCUCCACAUCAAAACAGUCGGGGGCCUUUCUAGUGAACAUCCCUCACUGCGCGGUAGCACAUGGAUUUCAAGACCUCAAAUGAAGAGACAAAGACUGGCAUUUAUUUGAUGCAAGAAGGUAAUGAGGAGCCCUUUAAUAUCCGACUGCACUUGGCUAAAGAUAUUCUGACCAUUCAGGAGCAAGAUGUCAUCUGCGUGUCUGGAGAGCCUUUCUAUUCCAGCGAAAGGACUGUAACGAUACGGCGACAGACCAUCGGAGGGUUCGGCCUCAGCAUCAAGGGUGGUGCCGAGCAUAAAAUCCCUGUGGUGAUAUCCAAAAUAUCCAAAGAACAAAAAACUGAACUCUCUGGGCUGCUUUUCAUUGGCGAUAGUAUCCUCCAGAUAAACGGAAUCAACGUGAGAAGCUAUCGCCACGAGGAAGUGGUUCAGGUGUUGAGGAAUGCUGGUGAAGAAGUGACCCUCACAGUUUCGUUCCUCAAGAAGACCCCAGCUUUCCUUAAAUUGCCUCUGAGUGAGGACUGUAUGUGCAUCCCCAGCGACCAGAGCAGCGGGACCUCGUCUCCUUUGUGCGAUAGCGGCCUACACUUGAACUACCAUCCAAAUAACACGGACACGCUGUCCUGCUCAUCGUGGCCCACUUCCCCUGGCCUCCGCUGGGAGAAGAGAUGGGUGGACCUGCGCCUUCUACCGUUGCUGCACUCUCGCCUCUCGCAGCACAUGCCGGGCUCUGACGUGUGCAGGAAAAAUGCGUUCCAGGUCGUCGCGGUGGACGGGGUUUGCAGUGGCGUGCUCCAGUUCCCUUCCGACGAGGACUGCUUGGAUUGGCUUCAGGCUGUCGGCGGCAACAUCUCGGCGCUCACAAAGCACAAUGUGAAGAAGAUCAACCGGAAUUUUCCAGUCAACCAGCAGAUCAUCUACAUGGGCUGGGCCGACGAGAAGGAGCAGGACUCCGUCCAGGACCGAAUGUACUCGCCAAAGUUCCUUGCUUUAAGGGGUUCCUCUCUCUUCAAGUUCUCUGCUCCUCCGGUGACAACAUGGGAUUGGACAAGAGCAGAGAAAAGUUUUACUGUCUAUGAAAUUAUGUGCAAGAUCUUAAAGGACAACGAGCUGGUGGACAAGAGGAGGCACUGCUUCAGCGUGCAGACGGAAACGGGCGAGGACAUGUUCUUCAGCGUGGAGCUGGAGUCUGAGCUGCUUGUUUGGGAAAAGGCCUUUCAGAUGGCCACUUACCUGGAAGUGGAGCGGAUACAGUGUAAAACGUAUGCCUGCAUCACAGAGAGCCACCUGAUGGGACUAACAGUGGACUUCAGCAUGGGCUUUGUGUGCUUUGACGCCGCUUCCAAAGCUGUCCUUUGGAGAUACAAGUUCUCUCAGCUGAAAGGCUCAUCAGACGACGGCAAAAGCAAAAUCAAGUUUUUAUUCCAAAAUCAAGACUCCAAAUCUAUUGAAGCAAAGGAGCUGGAGUUCUCCAACCUGUUUGCGGUCCUUCAUUGCAUUCACGCUUUCUUUGCCGCCAAAGUGGCAUGCUUGGACCCCAUGUUUGUGGAGAGCCAGGCCACGGCGACCAACGCUGGCAUUCCUUCGCUGGCCAGCAUCUCAUGCAAUUCGCACACUCCCAAGCUAAAAUACAAGAACACUUGACGCAGUCUUUGCGCUUCAGUCCUGACGGGAGGGAGAAAAAGACUCCGGCUGAGGUCUUCAAGAGGACACUUGAGACACGGACCUCCUUGGGGAAAAUGCCUGAAACGAGAAGCUCCACACAAGAGGACUCCAUGGACACCAAGUGUGCAUUUAUUUCAACAUCUUUCUAAGUCGACCCACUCUAUUCCUGUUCCUAGGAUAUCGUUAUCAAUAUCAAAAUUAUAAUUGACACAUAAAUAUACUUUUAUAUGGGUUUGGGUUAUUGCCAACUUUUCCUGUAUUCGAGCAAUUAGAUGGACUAAAGUCGUGGGACAAAUUAUACUUUUGUCCACAUUCUUAGUAGCGAAAUGUGAUCUAUAGUAGUCUAUAUUCAAUUUUAGGGCAGAAUUAAAUUGAUUAGAGGAGUUUUGAGUCCCCCUCCCCCUAAAAUUUGUGAUAGUGUAAAUAGGCAUUGACUUUGAAAUGACAGAUAUGAUUUUGGGGGUUUGUUUGAGGGUAAAUUAUCUCAUAGCGUCCUCCCCGCAUUGGUAAUACACUCUUUGGACCAAUUUAGAUGAUCCUAUGAUAUGAUGUUUUGGUUUAUUUUCAUAAGCUUGGAGUCCGGUUUGUAAAUAUGAAAAAUUAUAUAAAUGGCAGUGAAUAAAAUACGGUGGGAGCUGAGAAGAACAAUUUAUGGCAGCAAAGUCAGAUGAAUGUGUAUUACAAAGAGGAUGUUGGCAGUAAUACCCUUCAAACAAAACAAGAUUAAUGAGAAAGUAAGAGAGAGAGAAGGCGAUUUUAUUUUUUGCAGAUGUUUUAUUAACAAAUUUACUGUGUCAUGAAUUAAAUAAAGGAGAUCUUUUAUAACGGUU